GAGUAUCUCAGAGGCUGCGCGCCUUCCAGAGCCCAAGGACUUAACGGCUUCCUCCGCCACCUUCCUGUGCCAAUCAUCCCCCCAAAAAAGUUGUGAUGCUUUUCUUCACCCAGUGCUUUGGGGCUGUGUUAGAUCUCAUUCACCUCCGCUUUCAGCACAACAAGGCUAAACGAGUGUUCUCCGCCGCCGGGCAACUUGUCUGCGUUGUAAACCCCACGCACAACCUAAAGUAUGUGUCCAGCCGACAUGCCGUCGCUCAGAGCGCCCCGGAGCCCAGCAGCUACCCGCCUCCGCACGCCCCCCCCCACCACUGCCACCACCACUGCCCCCGCCAGCCCCGGCACCGCCUCUGCCACCACGCCCGGCCCCACCACCUGCACCACCAGGAGGCGGGGCCGCCUGCCGCGCGGGUGAUGCCCUGCCUGUGCCCCUUGUUCUCCUGCCAGUGGGAGGGCCACCUGGAGGUGGUGGUGCCCCACCUCCGGCAGAUGCACAGGGUGGACAUCCUCCACGGGGCCGACAUUGUCUUCCUGGCCACGGACAUGCACCUCCCGGCGCCGGCCGACUGGCUCAUCAUCCACUCCUGCUUCGGCCACCACUUCCUGCUGGUGCUCAGGAAACAGGAGAGGCACGCUGGGCACCCCCAGUUCUUCGCCACCAUGAUGCUGAUCGGGACCCCCACCCAGGCCGACAGCUUUACCUAUCGCCUGGAGCUCAACAGAAACCACCGAUGUCUCAGGUGGGAGGCCACGCCCCGGUCUAUCCUGGAGUGCGUGGACUCGGUCAUCACCAACGGGGACUGCCUCGUCAUCGGCACCUCGCUGGCCCAGCACUUCUCCGACAACGGCAGCCUGGCUAUCGGGAUCGCCAUCUCUGCGGCCACGGAGAUCUGCUCCUCAGAGGCUGAGAUGUGAGACAGAGGCCACCGGACACUCGCGUGCGGCCACCCCUCCACUGAGAAGCUCUGCCUGGGUCCUCAGAUCUCCGUGUGCCAGGCCUCGGGCUCCUUUCUAUUCUUCUCCCUCCUCCCCUCCUUCCUUUUUGUUUUUUUGUCUCAGGUACUUUGUGGUAUCUGGUAUCUGUGUGCCACGGGCAUUAUAUUAUGUAAACGUCCUGUGAUGCAAGACCUUGGUGUGACGUUUGUCCUGAUUUGUUGGUGUAGUU